UAUUAUUUAUAGCAACCAGCUCACUCCAUUUUGGCCACCACUUUGAAAAAACACAAAGAAAUAUGACUUUCUCAUAUCCUUUCUUUUGCUACUAUAUCCUCCUCCUCUUCCUCUUCCUCCAUCCGCGACCAUGUCCUGCCGCUGGCGGUGGAUCGUGGUCUCUACUCCUCCCAUCCAUCGGCCUAUCUGCCAUGCACAUGCAACUCCUUCCUAAUGAUCGUGUCGUCAUGUAUGACCGGACUGAUUUUGGUACCUCCAAUAUCUCUCUUCCAAAUGGCAAAUGUCGUCCCAACACAACAGACUGCUCUGCGCAUUCUGUCGAGUACGACAUUGCAUCAAACUCCGUGCGUCCACUCAUGGUCCUAACCGAUUUUUGGUGUUCAUCGGGAUCGUUAAUGCCUGAUGGUACACUAGUCCAAACGGGUGGGUGGACCAAUGGCAUUCGCGUUGUGCGAAAUUAUAAAUCAUGUGAUAAAUGUGAUUGGCAGGAAGUACCACUAGGGUUGAGCCAACCUAGAUGGUAUGCCACCAAUCACUUAUUACCUGAUGGCCGCCAAAUAAUUAUUGGCGGCCGUAACUCAUUUAAUUAUGAGUUUUACCCAAAAAAGUCAUCAGCUGAGAAAGACUUUUUUAUGAUGUUUUUAGUUCAAACUAACGUACAAGAUAUUGAAAAUAACUUAUACCCUUUCGUGUUUUUAAACACGGAUGGAAAUUUAUUCAUCUACGCAAAUGAUCGUGCUAUGUUAUUCGACUAUGUUCGAAACAAAGUUGUCACGACGUAUCCAGCAAUACCUGGAGGUGACCCGAGAAAUUACCCGAGCACCGGCUCAGCUGUUCUACUGCCAUUGCAUAUAGAACAAGGCAAAGUAGCAAAUGUUGAAGUAUUAAUCUGUGGCGGUGCGCCAAGAGAAGCAUACAAACAUGCAGAUGAGGGGAAAUAUGACAAGGCUUUGGAUAAUUGUGGGCGAAUUAAAAUAUCCGACCCAGAUCCACAAUGGGACAUGGAUACGAUGCCUUUAGCUCGCGUCAUGGGUGAUAUGUUAUUGCUACCAACAGGUGACGUUUUGAUCAUUAAUGGUGGGUCUGCUGGUGUAGCCGGGUGGGAAGUUGGGCGUGACCCGGUUUUAAGCCCAGUAAUAUACCGACCCGAUAAAGAAAAAGGAGACAGAUUCGAGGUGCAAAAUGCGAGCAAAAUUCCUCGGAUGUACCAUUCGACGGCAAUUGUACUUAGAGAUGGUCGGGUUCUUGUAGGUGGAAGUAACCCGCACGAUAAAUAUGAAUUUUCAAAAGACACACUUUAUGCUACUGAAUUAAGUUUAGAGGCGUUUUCGCCUUCUUAUUUGGAUCCAAGUUUAUCGGGCUUACGCCCAAAUAUAAUCGCCCCCAAGACGGGGACUAGUUUUCAUCACGGGGACCAACUGACCAUACAGUUCAAACUUUCAGUAGACCCGAAACUGGUUUGGGUCACAAUGCUUGCACCACCGUUUAAUACACAUUCGUUUUCAAUGAAUCAACGGCUGUUGAUCCUGGAUGGAGAAAAAACUGCGGUGGCAGUCGGGAAAUCUCUCUACAAAGUCACUGUGAUGGCACCGCCAUCUGGUAACAUUGCGCCUUCGGGCCAUUAUCUAUUAUUUGUGGUUCAUUCUGAAAUUCCCAGUGAAGCCAUUUGGGUUCGUUUGCUAUAAUGCCCAUUCUUGUUUUUGAAUUGACUUCUAUUUGGUUUGGAAAUGUGCACACAUUUAACUCGAGAUAUAUUUGUUUUGUAUGUAACUUAUGUAAUAACUUAACACAUUCAAGGGAUUUUGAUUGCAUAUGUAUGUUCAUAGUUUUUCUUCUUCUUCUUCUUCUUUUUUUCUUUUGUAAGAGGUGUUAAAACAAUCUGUUUUGCAAAUGAAUAUAAUAUUAUAUUUACGUA